AAUCAUGUUCGUUUCCAUUCUCAUAAAUAUAUUCAGGAAAUGAAUGUGUUCAUUCCUUCCUUAUUUACAAACCAGUUUGUGUGGUGCGUUACCGGUGGAGGGUCAAGAAAUCCAAGUCAACAAUGGCAGACAAACCAGAUGUGAGUGAAAUCGCUCAAUUCGACAAGACCAAACUGAAGAAGACCGAGACUGAGGAAAAGAACACUCUACCUACCAAAGAGGUCAUUGACCAGGAGAAGCAGGUGGAAUCCUGAAAUGGCUGCCGUCAUUCCGCUCACUCAGAAGCUACAGAGGGACUGUUUCUAAAACCUGAGCUCAUUCCUGAGGGGAUCCUCGUAGAUGCUUAACAGUCACUGAUUUAAUAAAAGCCAUGUAGACUAA